AGAGGGAUUUCCCGGGGCAGUAUCUAUACCUUUCAUCAGAUUCUCAGACGUGUCUUUGGUUUUUUUUGUUUUUUUGGUACUGGGGAUCCAACUUGGGUCCUUGCGCUUGCAAGGCAGGUCCCAGAACCACUGAGCUAAAUUCCCUGCCCUCUCAGAGGUGUCUUUGAUGAGAAAAAGAACCCUCCCUAAAACGCAGGAAACCUGUUUGAGAACCUACAACCCAAUGAUGUCACAGCAAGUGCCAGGCCUUGCACCGUGUUCCUUCCCCAGUCCUUUCUGACCUCACAGCAGCCCCACAGUAAGCACCAGUCUUUCUGCAACUCUCGGCUGCUGGCUCCUAAACGCUGAACUAGAGGAGUUGUGCAACCUCGGGGCCCUGAUUGGCUCCGUUUUUGGCAGCGCGGCCUCCCGAUUGGCCCGCAGGCCAGGCUCGAGAGACUGCGCGGGAAGCUGCAGGAUCCUGCAGGCGGCAGACAGGCGCGCGUGUGCCCGGCGCUGCUGUGUCCUGCAGGAGACACCAUGAGCUGCAUAAACCUGCCCUCGGUGCUGCCGGGCUCCCCCAGCAAGACCCGGGGCCAAAUCCAGGUGAUUCUCGGGCCCAUGUUCUCAGGGAAAAGCACCGAGUUGAUGAGGCGGGUCCGCCGCUUCCAGAUCGCGCAGUACAAGUGCCUGGUCAUUAAGUACGCCAAAGACACGCGUUACAGCAGCAGCUUCUCCACACAUGACAGGAACACCAUGGAGGCCCUGCCAGCCUGCCUGCUUCGGGACACGGCCCAGGAGGCCCUGGGCGUGGCUGUCAUAGGCAUCGAUGAGGGGCAGUUUUUCCCUGACAUUGUGGAGUUCUGCGAGGGCAUGGCCAACGCCGGGAAGACAGUGAUCGUGGCCGCCCUGGACGGGACCUUUCAGAGGAAGGCCUUUGGCAGCAUCCUGAACUUGGUGCCCCUGGCUGAGAGCGUGGUGAAGCUGACAGCUGUGUGCAUGGAGUGCUUCCGAGAAGCCGCCUACACCAAGAGGCUGGGCCUGGAGAAGGAGGUCGAGGUGAUCGGUGGAGCAGACAAGUACCACUCAGUAUGUCGCCUCUGCUACUUCAAGAAGUCCUCGGUCCAGAAUGCUGGGCUGGACAACAAGGAGAACUGCCCGAUGCUGCCGGGGGAGGCCUCGGUGGCCAGGAAGCUCUUUGCCCCUCAGCAGGUGCUGCAGUGUGGCCCUGCCAUCUGAGGGGCCCCGCAUGGCCCUGCAGAGGAGCCAGAACUGUGUGCCCAGCAUGAGACAGGCCCUCCCUCCUGGCCCGCCCCAGCUGCUGGAUGAGCCCCCGAGGCUGGAGCCAGCCAGGCCUUGGUGGUUUGGGGUCCACACUGCCUCCUCCUCCAGGCCACACGCUGUCGUGCCAUUGGUGCUGCUGGCCACUUCCCCUUUGUGAUUUUCACUUUCAAGUUUCUGUUCUCCUUGUGGUACCUGUGCCUCGCCACACACGGGCACCCCCUUGUCCAUCUGAGGCCAUCUCAUCUGGUGGCCCCUGCUGCCCUGUGGGCUGAAUCCCUUCCUACACUCAAGCUCCAGCAGUGGCUUCUCCAGAAACGACGUCCUCCUUUAAGCCCUGAAGUUUCCCCUUAAAGAGGAAGGUGCUCUUUGGGGCUGGGCCUGGCCUCUUUUUCUGCAGUUUUGACGUUAAUGACCAGUAUUCAAAUUUAGUGACUGGUAAAGACACAUUUCGCUUGGGCCUAGGUUCCUGAGUCUUGAACGCCACUUCCUUGUGAUUGAGUGGGGAUUUCACCCAGAUCUUAUUCUAGUACCCAUGACCUUUUAACCUGAGCCUGAUUAUGAAAAAAGACUGAAGAACAUGUUCUUCCUAAGAUAAUGGUUGUCGGCCUUUUGGUCUGUCCAGUUUUAGGAUGAAGAAACCUAGGGCCCAGACUGGAAAGCCCAGGUGUUGGUGGGGUCGCCAGCCAGGGCUGGGAAGUCAGGUUGUUUGUGAAGCAGACACUGGAGUUUGGGGCUGAGGAGGGAGCUCAGCUUUAUCCGGAGAGCCUAGGUCACAGCACUGGGUGCAGAAGGGUCAGCAUUCCCAGUGGCCUAGCCCUCUCCCCUUUACUGUAUCCCAGCUUGCUGGGGCCUGCAGCUCACAGGGCCCACUAGUAAGGAGGGGCCUAGUCAUCUGUACUAGGAUUUGAAACUAUCAGGCCCCAC